CUCACAUCAUCUCCAUCGCAUCGAUCUGUCACCGGUGUUUUUGUUUGUCACCGGCAUCGUCUCCAUCACCGUCGGCGUCGUCUCCAUAACCGGCUUUAUCACUUAUCAGUGUUCGGUGUCUCUCACUCAAGAGGUUUACGAUCAUUGACUAUCUGGAGAGAAGAAGAAGGAAAGGAAAAAAAAGUAUGGAAUUAGGGAUUGUUUGGUUGGUUAGAGCCGCUUGGAUCGGUGCUAUACUUCCUAUGGUUAUCGCUUCGAUACCCAUUUCCAAGCUGAGAUCUUUUCAUGAACUCGUUUUGAGUUUCGCCAGGAGAGGCAAGAUUCUUCAGCCGUCGUCGUCUCAGAAGUGGACAGUUCCUCAGAAAUUUUUCGCUCACUUCUACGUUAUCGGAGUGGCGUGGACGACUCUCCUGCUCGCUACCACUUGGAUGUAUGCUUGCAAAAUGGCGCCUUUGUCGCCUGAGGAGUUUCAGUUUUCCGACAUUGCAAGCCACUUAACCGGAGGCUCACAUGUUUUCUCCUUUCAUAAAUCACAUUUGACUCCUGUCGAGCAUCGGUUUAAAGUGUGGCGAGCAGUGUUUCUACUUCUUCUAAUGGAAAUCCAAGUUUUAAGACGCCUUAUAGAGUCAAUAUAUGUGUUCAAAUAUAGCCCUUCUGCUCGACUUCACAUUCUUGGUUAUCUCGCUGGAUGGUUUUUUUAUACAGCAGCGCCUUUGUCACUCUGCUCUAUUAUCGCUCCAGAGGUAGCAAGAUUUGCAGGAAAUCAAGUUGCAGAGUUCAUUGCUAAAGGAAAAAGCCAUACCGCAGCUCCUGAGUUUGAUUUGUUGUUAUCUAUAAGCCCUCUGAUGAAGCUUGGGUCGUGCCAGCUUAUUGGUGGAGUCAUUUUUCUCUGGGGAUGGUUUCAUCAACGCCGAUGUCACGCAAUUCUCGGAUCGCUCCGGGAAAAUCCUAGCCAAGCGAAGGAGUAUAUAAUUCCGCAUGGAGAUUGGUUUGAAAUCGUCUCUAGUCCACAUUACUUGGCAGAAAUUGUUUUAUACGCUGGCUUGCUGAUUGCGAGUGGAGGAACAGAUAUUACGAUCUGGUUACUCUUUAGUUUCGUGGUUGGGAAUCUUACUUUGGCGGCUGGAGAAACUCACCGGUGGUAUCUCCGGAAGUUUGAGAAUUAUCCGGCUAACCGGUUCGCCAUUUUCCCUUAUGUCUACUAAAUAGUUAAGCGAUAGAACACAAGUUAACCAAGCUUGUAAGAGAGUUGAAGAAUAUUCAUGUUUCUGUAAAUGCUCAUUUCUGAAGGUCAAAGACUUCUGGUGCUAUGUUGUAUUCUAAUUAAUAGCAAUGAUUUCUCAUCUUUAUG